GUCACGUAUAAUACAUUGGUUGAUGCACAUUGCAAGCAAGGGAUGGUUUUUAAAGCUGAGGAUAUCAUUGACGCGAUGAUAAAGUGAGGCAUUGAGCCUAAUGUUGUUACCUAUAGUGCAUUAAUCAACGGCCAUUGCUUGCAGAAUGAAAUGCAUAAAGCUAGAAGAGUUUUCAACUUGAUGAUUGAGAAGGGUUGUGCACCUGAUAUAGUUACUUUCAGCACCAUGAUCAAUGGAUAUUGCAAAGCUAAGAGGUUAGACAAAGCAAUGGAACUCUUUCAUGAAAUAUAUCGAAAGGGACAAAUCCCGGAUACUGUCACAUACAGCACUCUUAUGCAGAGUAUGUUUCUGUUAGGGAAAGUUUCAACUGCAUGUGAACUUUUUAGAAAGAUGCUUGCUUCUGGACAAGUUCCAGAUCUAGUGACUUGUUCGAUUUUGCUGAAUGGUUUACGCAAAACAGGUCAUAUUGAGGAGGCAUUGAAACUUUUUCAAGCAAUGCGAAACAGUGGGUUGGAACUUGAUAUUGUCCCAUAUAGUAUCCUAAUUGAUGGGUUGUGCAGAGCUGGGCAUAUCGAAUUUGCCAAGGAAUUAUUUCAUCAACUCUCAGACAAUGGUUUAAAACCGAAUGUUGUCACAUAUCGUAUAAUGAUUAAUGGACUGUGUAAAGAGGGAUUGCCAGAUGAAGCAUACAGGUUGUUUGGGAGCAUGGGAGAUAAUGACUGUUUGCCUGAUAGCUGCUGUUAUAAUGUAAUGAUUCGGGGGUUCCUUCGCAACAGCUAUACCUCAAAGGCAACACAACUUCUUACGGAAAUGGUUGGUAAGGGCUUUUCUGCAGAUAUAUUCACUGCCACCUUAUUUAUGGAUCUUAUCAUAUACUCUAAUAAAUCAAUCUUGCUCUGAAAUGUUUCACAAAUUGUGUAAAGAUCAUCACUUGCAUUGUGAAUCAGUUGUACAUAACCAUUGCACAGUGAUAAAAGAUUGUGGAAACUAGAAUGAGGUUUAGUGUCUAUUUUCAAUAUUGUUGAUUUUGUUCUGACUUGUGUA